GGAAACACUGACUGCUGGAUAAUAAGAGCGUUGUAUAAGGACUCUGCACUUUUCAAGAAGAACCCAGAGGAGGACUAAUAAGUUACAGUUCUAAGCCAUGUCCCACAGAUUGGUGUUAUUCAGAGAUGUGGCCGUAGUCUUCUCUCAGCAGGAAUGGGAGUGCCUGGACUUGGAACAGAAGAAUUUGUACAGAGAGGUGAUGUUGGAGAACUAUAAAAAUCUGGUCUCGCUGGGAUUUUCCAUUUCUAAGCCAGACAUACUCUCCUUAUUGGAACAAGGAAAAGAACCCUGGAAAGUUGUGCAGGAAAUCGCAAGAAGUCAGAGCCCAGACUGGGUAUCCAGGUGUGAGUCCAAGAAGCUAUCUUCAAAAAGAAAAACUUAUGAAAAAGAAGCAUCUCGAUGGGACAUAACAGAGCAACUUACAAGCCAUAAAUAUGAGUGUAAAAGUUUUCAAGAUAAUAGGGAAUGCAGAGACAAAUUUGAAAGCCAAUCAGGAAAUAAAGAGGGACAUUUUAGGCAACUAGUAGUGACCUAUGAAGAUGUUCCUAAUUUUAAUGAGAACACAUCCAUUGCAUUACAACAGAGAAUUCAUUCUACUGAGAAAUCUGAUGAAUGUAAAGCCUGCAGAAAAUACUUUAUACAUGGCUUUCAACAGACUGAACAUCAGAAAGUUCAUUCUGAUGAAAAAUUCUAUGAAUGUAAAGAAUGUGGGAAGAUCUUUAUUCAGGGCUCACAACUUACCUACCAUGAGAGAGUUCACGUUGCUAAGAAACCUUAUGAAUGUAAGGAAUGCGGAAAAUCUUUUAUCUGUGCCUCACAACUUAUUUAUCAUCAAAGAAUUCAUACUGGGGAGAAACCUUAUGAAUGCAAAGAGUGUGGGAAGGCCUUUAUUCGUGGUUCUCAUCUAACUCAGCAUCAAAGAAUUCAUACAGGUGAAAGGCCCUACGAAUGUAAUGAAUGUGGGAAGGCCUUUUUUCGUGGCUCACAACUUACUUAUCAUCAGAGAGUUCACACUUCAGAGAAACCCUAUCAGUGUAAGGAAUGUGGAAAGGCCUUCAUCCGUGGCUCUCAACUGAAUGAACAUCAGCGAAUUCAUACGGGUGAGAAACCCUAUAAAUGUAAGAAAUGUGGAAAAGCCUUUAGUUACGGCUCACAGCUUACUCUACAUCAUAGGCUUCAUACUGGUGAAAAGCCCUAUAAAUGUAAGGAUUGUGAGAAGUCCUUCAUUCGUGGCUCACAACUUACUGAACAUCAAAGGAUUCAUACAGGGAGGAAACCACAUGAAUGUAAUCAAUGUGGAAAGACUUUUAACUAUGGCUCACAGCUUAUUCGACAUCAGAGAAUUCACACUGGUGAGAAACCCUAUGAAUGUCAAGAAUGUGGAAAAUCAUUUAUUCGUGGAUCGCAACUUACUGAACAUCAAAAAAUUCACACUGGUGAAAAACCCUUUGAAUGUAAGGAAUGUGGGAAGGCCUUUAUUCGUAGCUCACAUCUUACUCAGCAUCAGAGAAUCCAUACUGGCGAAAGACCGUAUGAAUGUAAAGAGUGUGGGAAGUCCUUUAUUUAUGGCUCACAACUGACUCAACAUCAGAAGAUUCAUACGGGUGAGAAUCCCUACGAAUGUAAGGAGUGUGGUAAGAUCUUUAUUUGUACCUCACAGCUUAGCCUACAUCAGAUUUUUCAUACUGGAAGGAAACCAUUUGAAUGUACAGAAUGUGGUAAGAUUUUUAUUCGUGGCUCACAGCUAACUUAUCAUCAGAGAGUUCAUACUGGUGAGAAACCCUAUGGAUGUAGUGAAUGUGGGAAGGCCUUUAUUCGUGGUUCACAUCUUACUCAGCAUCAGAGAAUUCACACAGGUGAAAAACCAUACAAAUGUAAUGUGUGUGAGAAGGCCUUUAAUCGUGGCUCACAACUGACUCAACAUCAGAGGAUUCAUUCUGGUGAGAAGCCUUAUAAAUGUAACGUAUGUGGUAAGAAUUUUAGACGGCAUUCACAUCUUACUCAACAUCAGAAACUUCACAGUGGUACAAAACUGUAUGAAAAUAUCAAUUUAGUUAAACCUUUACCAGUCUGCCCAUGACACUCAGAGUUGGAAUAUCAUAAAAUUCAGAUUUUGAAUGUGGAAAUCAUUUUUUAUUUUCACUGGUAAAAAACUCACCAUCAGAGAAUUCACAGUGAAGGCUAGAGUAACCUACCUGCAGAAUCACUUUCCAUCAUACUUCAAUCCCUGUUAGACAUUAGUAAAUUCUUACAAGAGAUCAACCAUAUUCAGCAUCCUUUUUUUGUUCCAUAUCAUCUGAACUCCACUUACUAUGUGUGUAUACCUUUGGCAAACCUUUAGCGCUUAAGCCCUUACUUAACCCUGUUUGCUUUAGUUUCCUCAUUUAUAAAACAUUAAUAUACAUCUUACCAUAAAUGUUCAGAAAUUCAAAGGAGUGAAUACAUAUAAAGCUUUAUGCAAUACGUAAUGUAUAGCUUAUGCUUAAUAAAUGUUAGCUAUUGUAAAUAUUUUUAUUCAGUAUUUUAAAUGUGUACUAUUACAGAAUUUAAAUGAGAUGAAGGCUCUACAAAUAUAAUACAUAAAGUAAGUAUUUCAUCACUCUACACAUCAGAUAAAUAAUUUUGGAGCAAAACUUUUCAUCUAGUUAAUGUGUGGUUAUGACUUGUUCUGAAUCAUACAAUUCUUACUAAAAGGAAAUUCUAAAAAAAAGUGUUUGACUAUUAGAAAUAAAGCUGCUAAUAAACAUUUGUGUGUAGGUUUUUGUGUGAAAAUAAAAUUCCAUCUCCAUGGUAUAAGUGCCUAAGAGAGCAAUUUCUGGGUCUUAAAGCUAACGCAUGUUUUCUAUUAUACAAGCUGAACAAAUCAUUUUCCAAAGUGGCUUUACCAUUUUACAUUCCCACCAGAAACAUGAAGGACCCAGUUUCUCAGCAUCUCCACCAGAAUUUGGUGUUAUCACUAAUUUUUAUCUUAGCCAUUCCAAUAGGCAUGUAGUAAUAGCUCUUUGUGGUUGUAAUAUGUGUUUACCUGGUAGCUAAUGAUGUUAAAUAUUUUUUCGUGUGCUUUAAUUGUUGGUGAAAUGCCUGGUUAUUUCUUUUAACUUUUUCUUCUGUUGGCUUUUGAGAGAGUGCUUUUUAUAUCCUAGAUAAUACUAGUUCUUUGUGGGAUAUGUGGUUUGCAGUUUUUUCCCUCAGUGCAUAGCUUACAUUACUUACUUUAGUGGAGUAUUUUGAAGAGCAAACAUUUUUAAUUUUGAUAAAGUCUAGUUUAUCAAAUGUACCUUAUAUUGAUCUUAUUUUUGAUGUGAAAUCUAAGGAUUCCUUGCCAAGCCCCAAGUCCCAAUGAUUUUCUCUUUUUUUGCCUAAAAUUUCUAUGGUUUUAUAAGUCUAUGAUUCGUUUUGAGUUCAUUUUUUGCCUCCAUUGUAAGCUUGAGUUUGGUAUUCUUUGUUGUUUUGGUUUUCUUUCUUGUUUAUGGUUGUCCAUUUCCUCCAUUAUCAAUUGUUGAAAAAGUUAUCUUUCCUUCAUGAGUUGUUUUUGCCCCCUUAAAAUAUCCAUUAGACAAAUCUAUGUGUGUCCUGUUCUGGGUUUUCUCUUCUAUUGAUGCAUUUGUCUAUCCCUCUGCUAAUAUCAUACUAUCUUGAUUACUGUCAUGCCACAGGAUAUCUUUAUAUUGGGCAGAGUGAUUUCUUUUUCAAAAUUGACUUAAAUAUUCUAGGUCUUUUGCUAUUUCAUAUAAAUUUUAGAGUAAACUCUCAUAUAUCUACAGGAAAAAAAGCUUAUUGAAGUUUUGAUAGGAAUUCAAUUUGGGGAUAAUGACAUCUUUCUUCCCAGUCUGAGUCUUCCUUUCCAUUAACAUGGUAUGUCUCUCCAUUUUUAGGUCUUUGUUAUGGGUUGAAUUAUGUGCCUCCAAAUGUUGAAGUCUUAAUUCUCGGUACCUAUGUAUGUGAUCUUACUUGGAAAAAGGGUUUUUGCAGAUGCAAUCAAAUUAAAUGAGAUCAUAUGAGAGUAUGCACAACUCUAAUUACUUCUCUUAUAAGAAGAGAGGUAUAUGGACACUAACACACAGGGAAGUUACAUGUGAAUUCAGAGGCAGAGAUUGGAAUGAUGUAUCUAUAACCCAAGGAACAUAAAGGGAUUAUUCACAAUCACCAAAAACUAGGAGGGGAAAGAAAGGAUCCUCCCCUAGAAACUUCAGAGAAAACAUGGCCCUGCCAAAUUACUUGAUUUCAGACUUCUAGCCCCUAGAACUGUGAGAAAAUAUUUUUUUUAAAUUAAUCCUAAGUUUGUAGUAAUUUAUGUCAAGUCCAAGAAACUAAUACAGUUUUGAUUUCUUUUGUUAGGAUUUUUGAUUUUGGCAUACAGCUCUUAUACAUGACUUGUUUGUGCAUACCUAAGUGAUUCAUUUUAUUUGCAAAAGUUGUAAAUGGUGGUUGUUAAGUUCUAGCACAGACAUGCUGACCUGGCUUCUCAGCAACAGAAUUUUUGAUGAAUAGAUAAAACUGUGUAUUAUUUAUUCACCACUCUUAUAUACAAAUAUAUGUGUUUUGGAGGGUGGGGCGUGGUUUCUAAUAGACAAUGUAAUCUAUAAACAGGGACAGC